AUCGCACAGCCUUUCUGCUCCAUGUUUUGUUAUUGUUUAGGCGUCCGCCGUCCGUGACGGCAGUGGGAAUGUCGUUUAAUUGGGGUAAAAAGUGUUGUAUUCGUGUCUAAUCCUCUUCAUUGACUGUAAUGCGAGAGAUCGCUUAGCACCUAUGUCAUCCUCAAGGUUUACGCUUGUGGUCUCGGCGAUUCUGUGCCACCUUGCUUUUGAGGUGGCGGGAAAUUAUGUUGUUGAGAUAACUCAAAAUGGGCCAAUCGUUCAAGGAGGAUCGAUUACCUUCCAAGCAGAGCUAUUUGCUUCGGAUGGAAGCCGCCCUGAAGGAAAAUUUCGUUUCAACUGGAGAGACAACACACUCACACCGCACACAUGGACUGAUGAGACACAUCAGCCCAAGUCGGCGUGGCAUGUUAGCUAUCCACACAAAUAUUAUCCUGGAGAAUAUGAGGUUGAAGUUGAUGUUGAUGAAUUCAAAUACCUCUUCUGGAUGGAGAUUGGGAGCAGGCGAACAUCAUUUAAUAUAACUGGUUUCUUGAAUGGGAAGAUGGAACUUGUUCAAGAUAAGCCAAUUUUGCAUAACUUUGUGUCAAAUGCCACUCAAGUUGAACAUGAAAUAGUCCUUUCAGAAGCUGAUAGGAAUUACUUGAUGAAUGCCACUCAGGUCACAACAUAUUGGUUUAUAGAUUGUACAUUUUAUGGGGAAUCUAGUGAUUUCACUUUUAACUACACAUAUGGAACUGUUGGGGUCAAUCACAGUGUUGAAGCCUUGGUUGCUGUAUCAUUUGAACCCAUAACAACUACCACUUCUACCAGCACUACAACCACCACUACAACCACAACCACCACAACAACUCCUGCCCCAAGCACAACCACAGUUGUCACUUCAUCCUCUUCAACAACUCUUCCUUCAACAUCGAAAAGCAUUCUCAAUACAUCUCUCAAUUCAAAUGAAGUGAGCAUUCUCCCGGGACAAGCUCCCAGGAAUUUGUCCCAUAUCCACGUUCCAUAUGUUUGCCUGAAUUCUUCAAUAAUUCCUCCUGACCCCAAAAUGACUUAUGGUUAUUUCCAUCACCAGAUUAAUGUAAAAGCUCCAAUUCAAAAUAUAACAUUCAAAGGCACAGACUGGUUGCAGCCCUAUAAUCUGCUUGAUCUGCAAGUCAUGUGUCGUGGUUCUGGAAACUUCAGUUAUUGCUAUUAUAAGGCAGCUGCAGAUUACAAUGUUACUGGCAAUGAGGAGUGUCCUGAAGUGGCUACUAUUACUGAGAUGUGUCAGUUCAAUAUCUCUGGAUAUUUCUCUUAUACAAAUUACACAGUGGUUGUCAUCAUCAGCAAUGAUGUUUCCAAAGUGGUGAAACCUAUCAGUGUUAUAUUGUACAAAGUCCAGAAGCAUGCCCAGCUGUCAGUAAUUGUUGUCCCUGUCGUCUGCAGUUUAGUUGCAGUCAUUCUGAUUGUGUUUGGAGUGGCCUACUAUGUUCAAAGACGCAAGAGAUUUACUGUGGAAGUUGCCGAUUUUGAUUUUGGCCAUGGUGUAGGGGACAUGGAAUACAAAACAUUCAGAGAACGAUUGAGAGAAGCUGUUGUGAACUCACUCAAUAGAGAUUUUGGAGUUGAUGGUGAAGGCAAUGUUUGGUCUCCCAGCCGGAAAUAUGGUAGCAUGCAGUGACCUCGGCUGCCCUCGGGGCCUGGCAGGGCGCAUGACACCCACCCAUAUGAGGGCUACUGAAGACAAAUUUGCAACUUCACACAUGAUUGCAACUGGACAUCUGUAGUUUUGUGAUAUAGAAGUUAAAUAGUUUUGAAAAUUGAAACCAAACAGAUUCUAUCAACUAUGUGGGUGUACGCCAAUAAAUUAAAACUGAGAAUAUCAGCCUGAAGCAAUGCGUACCUUUUAUCCAAAGACUAGAAGUCACUAGGUGGUUGCCUCUGAUUGGUUGUAACUUGGCUUAAAAACAACUGUGAAGUAUGUACACCCAUUUGGGCUUCUUUCUGUUAUAGUUUAAAUAGGAGACACAUCUUUGAUGUUUUAACUACGGUUAGUUUUAAAUAAAAGUUUUUGCACAAAAUGUCUCUCAUGAAUUUAGUUCUGGAGUGCCCUUUAAAUAGUUGUUUUGUAGUAGGUGUGGUGCUGUGAUAAAUAACUUGGCAGUCAAUAUCUAAUGUUUCUGAUGCACUUUUCCAGAGCUUUAUUUUAGAAUGUUUUAUGAAGUACUUGCUCUUGCUGUUGAAAUGAAUUAUUGGAAUGUGAUAUGUGAUCAAGAGCAUAAUGAAGUUCUUGGGAUAAAUGAGGUGGGCUUUCUGUAAAUUUGUGUUGUGUGUUUUAGAUUUUGUUCUGUUGAUAACUAUUACUGAAUACCAAUGUAAACACUAUGUACAUAUUAUUAUGAUUAUUUGAUGAUGUAGUUGUGUGUAAAGUAAUUUUCAAAUCAUUUUAAAUGCUGUCAUACUUUUUCUGACCAAGUUUUCUCACUACAAAUUUUUACUAACCACUCUAAGUGUUUCAUAUUUCAUUCAUGAUCAAGUCAGGUUUAUGUAAAAAAAAAUCUCUGAUUUCUGUUUUAAUUUGUGUCACAACCUGUUUUGAUAUGUUGGCUGCAUUUUGAAAUGUAUCCUACCACAUGCAAUUUAUGUGUAAUACUUUAGCAACAUUAUUACUGUAUGACUGCGAAGCAAACUGAAAUUCUGAAUUGACAUAAGAAUGAAGUAUGUAUAGCUUCUGCAUGCUAUGUACGAAGGAGGGCCAAACUCUGCAGAAGUUCUACACAUUCAUGGAAUUUUGCGACCCCCUUUCCCCUAUUUCUGUUCCACCAAUCUGUGAGAUUUGCUUCAUUCCAACUUUGAAUGAAGCGUUUUUUGCAUGUCUGUCGUCUUUGGCUGUGAUAUAAAAUAUACUUUUUUUACAGUAGCAUA